GAUCUCACAUUUGUUACGUACUUCAAAGCGGAAGGUUUAACGAACAACAAGGUGCGAGAGGGUAAAUAUUCUUUAAAGCACGUUCGCGUAGCGAUGAUUAUCGGUUUACGCAUUGAUUAUCGACAGUCCGAGCUAAUUCGUGGUCAUUUCAUCGACGAUAACGUGAUCCUGGACAAUCUCGGAACAGUUUGAACUUCGGUGACUCGAGUGACUCUCAACGUUCUAUACGUAUUUAUAAUGGCAAAGGCACAUAGUCCGACACACUUCAAUGCAGAACCAGAUAAUAUAUACGAUCCAAACUUUACUUUGGAUAUCAAUACACGAAUGCGAGUGCCAAAGAGCAUUCGUGUAAAUGGGGAUUAUGAUGGGGAUAGCACUACAAUGGCAAAUGGAUCAGCAUGGAAUCAAGCACUUGCUGCAGAAAAAAUUGAAAUGCAUGUGCCAGAUAGAAUUCUUGUUGUUGGACAAGAACAACACAUUGGCACAAAAGCACCGCCACUAGAAAUUGCUUUAGAAAAUUCUAUUAUGCCUACUGAACCUGUUGUUAGAGUAAAGACUCCUCCGAGAAUCCUGACAUUGGACAAUUACUUUCCAACAGUGGAUGAAGAAGAACAAUCUGCUUCCUGUGAAGACAGAGAAGUACCUAGGACAUACAAUACUGAAACACAGAUAGUGCGACAUGUCAGAGAACCAACACCUUCAUAUGGUGCUCUCGACGUUUCUUUGCCACCUAGUGAAGAAAUCCAGCACUUACGUCGCCAAGUAGGUAAACUGAAUCGCAGAGUUAUGGCACUUGAACUUGAACUAAUGCAUCGUCAGCAGAAAGAAAAGAUUUUGUACAUAGCUACUGUAGCUUAUCUCAUAUUGAAAGCUUUCUCUUGGUUAAGUAGAAACUGAAUUAAGGAUAAGAAAAAGACAAAUAUUGGGAAGUUUUUUGGUAGAAAAUGUUAUUAACCAACAAUGUUAAACCCUUCUUGCUGUGUGAAAGUAUAACCAAAGACUUUUUAUCACAGUCUCGUAAAAGUAAGCAGGACAGAAGUAUUCGGACGACGCAUAUAUGAUAUGAAAUAGAGAUAGAUAUGUGUGAGCAUUUCUAUUAUGCAGUUAACCAAUACAUUAUCAUGACGAUUUGUCAUCAUUAUCGUGUUAAGAACAAAAGUCUCGUUUUGUUUUAAAAGACAUAUGUAUUGUAUUAGGUUCGACGAUAUAUGUAUUAUUAUUCACGUACAACAUGUACAGUAUAUAUAAAGAAGUAAAUAAACUAAGUUAAUUUUCAUAAUGUAGACAACAGACAGCAGUAAGAGAUGUUUUGCAGGGAUUAUAUGUGUAUAAUUAAAAUUUUUUCCUUAAUAUUUGGGAAUCAUUUAUUUUGGUGCUAUGAUAUUCCAUAUAUACAUGAAAUUUAUAUUCUGUUAUAUCUCAGAUUUACUUCAAAAUAUAUCUUGGAUACAUUC